AUGAGUAUUAAGCUGGUAGUUGGUGGGUUUACUGUAAACGUGAUUAGUGCAUAUGCUCCUCAGGUAGGUUUGAACCAAGAGGUCAAGAAGCAAUUUUGGGAUGAUUUGGACGAGAUGGUGCGUAGUAUCCCGCACACAGAGAAGUUGUUCAUUGGCGGAGAUUUCAAUGGUCAUAUUGGGGCUAGUGCAGGGGGUUAUGAUGAUGUGCAUGGCGGGUACGGUUUUGGGGAUAGGAAUGAGGGAGGUAAUUCACUGUUGGAGUUUGCUAGAGCUUUUGAAUCGGUUAUAGCUAACUCGAGUUUCCCGAAGAGGGAAGAGCACCUGGUCACUUUUCGAAAUUUAAUGGGCAAGAUUCAGAUUGAUUUUCUUCUCUGCAGGAAAUGCGAUAAAGGUUUGUGCACUGACUGCAAGGUCAUCCCGAGGGACUGGUGGUGGAAUGGAGAGGUUCAAGGUAAAGUGGAAGCUAAGAAAGCUGCUUAUUUGAAGCUAGUAGAGAGUACAAAUGAGGAGGAAAAAAGGACUUAUCGGGAGUGUUACAUAAAGGCGAAGAAAGAGGCAAAGUUAGCAGUUACGACGGCUAAGAAAGCAGCGUUUGCUCGUUUGUACGAGGAGAUCGAGGGCAAAGGAGGGGACACCGGUUGGCCAAGUGGAGUUUUAGAGACUGGGGAGUUUCGUCAGGUUACAGACGUAUGUAGUGGGUUUGCGGGAUCGUGUGUACCGAUUAGCGUUUUAGCGGCUAUUGGGGAUAUGGGAGGCCCCGAGUGGAUCUUUUCUGUGCUUGGCAUGUUAGAUUUUGGAUAUGAUGUUGGAGUGUGGAGCUGUCUCAGUGAUGGGUUAUUCUAG